AAAUACGUCAUUACGUCGAGACGGACUUAAAACCGUCAAGCGGAAGCGGCUAGUGGCCAUUUCAUUCGCGCAGUAACGGUUCUCAGUGCAGCUUGGAGUCGUCUAAAAGACUCCGCUCUCGGUCUAAUGGAUACGGUUGUCAAAUCGUCACACGACAGCUCCCUGGUCGGUUUGUCCGGCGGUGUGAUGGAGCAGCACACCAGCUCGGGCAAGCGCAUCCGCAAGCCCUCCCUGCUGUACGAGGACUUUGAGAGCCCCUCCCUGCCACACACAAUGCCCCAGGCACCCCCCGCGCCCCCACAACCCCCGGUGAAGGACGUCAGUCGGCCCGGCCGCAUGACCAACCAGCUGCAGUACCUCCAGAAGACCCUGAUGAAGUGUCUGUGGAGACACGAGUUCGCCUGGCCUUUCCAUGAGCCCGUCGACGCGUACAGGCUCAAGCUGCCGGAUUACUAUAAGAUCAUCAAGCAGCCCAUGGACAUGGGGACCAUCAAGAAGCGUCUGGAAAACAGUUUCUACCGCAGCGCCAGUGAAUGCAUCCAGGACUUCAACACCAUGUUCACCAACUGCUACAUUUACAACAAGCCCAAAGACGACAUCGUGCUGAUGGCCCAGUCCCUGGAGAAGAUCUUCCUUCAGAAAGUGGCACAGAUGCCGCAGGAGGAGCUGGAGCUUCCGGCUCCGGCUCCUCGAAGUAAAACCAGCCGAGGACGAGGACGCAAGUCCAGCACGUCUCGGGCUCAGCAGGUUCCCGCUGUGUCUCAGUCGGCGUGCUCGCCGUCCUCGUCAGACACGGGAGACUCCAUCAUGGCCAACUCGCCUCAGACCGUCCUGACCAAAAGCCUCCCCCCCGCAAACAUCAUGGGCCUCCCCCCAACACAACCCACAACCAAGAAGAAAGGCGUGAAACGCAAAGCGGACACCACCACUCCCUCCACCACCUCCUUCACUGUGUCUGGCCCCGCCCACAUGGUGGGUUUGGGGAAAGGGGGUCACGGUAGCCACGUUGGCCUCGGCGACGCCUCCGUCCACUCCGUCUCCUCUAUGGGGGGGUUGACCCUGGACACCCCGCCCGGGAUGGGUCUGGUCCGAGCUCCCGGGGGUCCCGUUCUGCUCCAGCCCAUGAUGGCCGGCACGGGACGCCGGGUGGGCAGCGGACGCCCCAUCAAGCCCCCCAAGAAAGACCUGCCGGACGCCGUCCAGCCGCAGCUGUCCAAGAAGGGCAAGCUGAGCCCGCCGCUGAGGUACUGCAGCGGCCUGCUCAAAGACAUGCUGUCCAAGAAGCACGCCGCCUACGCCUGGCCCUUCUACACACCCGUGGACGCCGCCGCGCUCGGCCUACACGACUACCACGACAUCAUCAAGUGUCCCAUGGACCUGAGCACCAUCAAGAGGAAGAUGGACUGCCGCGAGUACAGAGACGCCCAGCAGUUCGCCAGCGACGUCAGGCUGAUGUUCUCCAACUGCUACAAGUACAACCCGCCCGACCACGACGUGGUGGGGAUGGCGCGGAAGCUGCAGGACGUGUUCGAGUUCAGCUUCGCCAAGAUGCCCGACGAGCCGCAGAUGGAGCACACGGCCAUGUCCAUCAGCCGCCACCCCACAACCUCUUCCUCCUCCUCGUCCUCCUCCUCCUCGUCCUCCUCCACCUCUGAGAGCGAGCCGAGCAGCGAGAGCGAGGAGAGCGAGAGCAGCCCCAGCUCCGACAGCGAGGAGGAGCGAGCGCACCGCCUGGCCGAGCUGCAGGACCAGGUCUGCACGCAGCUGCGCGCAGUGCACGAGCAGCUGGCGGCGCUCUCCCAGGGACCCAUCAUCAAACCCAAGAAGAAGAAGGAGAAGAAGGACAAGAAGAAGAAGAGGAAGCUGGAGAAGCGGAGCCGCGGCGGCAGAAGCAGAGCGGGCUCCGAGGAGUGGAAGAUGCCGGGGAAGAUGAUGAAGAGCAAGUCCGGCAAAGCGGGAGGCUCCCAACCCAAGAAGAGCCAGCCCAAGAAGAGCAGCAAGAACAGCAAAACCGUCAAGAAGCCUUUCUACCCUCAGCUGUCCAACCCCAUCCUUCCUCACUACGACUCUGAGGAGGAGGAGGAGAUCGUGCCCAUGACGUACGACGAGAAGCGGCAGCUCAGCCUGGACAUCAACAAGCUCCCGGGGGAGAAACUGGGCCGCGUGGUCCACAUCAUCCAGUCCCGAGAGCCGUCCCUGAGGGACACCAACCCCGAGGAGAUCGAGAUCGACUUCGAGACGCUGAAGCCGUCCACGCUGAAGGAGCUGGAGCGCUACGUCAUGACCUGUCUGAGGAAGAAGCCCCGCAAGCCGUACGGCGAGCCAGCGACAAAGAAAGGCAGCGUGGGCAUGUCCAAGGAGGAGCUGACGCUGGAGAAGAGGAGGGAGCUGGAGCGGAGGCUGCAGGAUGUCAGCGGACAGCUCAACUCCGUCAAGAAACCCGCCAAGCCCAAAGCGGAGAAGCCCAGCGCUCCGGAGGCGCACGCCCAGCCCUCGCGCCUCAGCGGCAGCAGCUCCAGCUCGGACUCCUCCUCCUCUUCCUCCUCCUCGUCCUCCUCCGACAGCAGCGACUCAGACUCCAGCUGAGGCCUCAGACCCUCAGACCAACCUUUGUUUCUCAGGGACCUGGGCUGGCCCAGGACUCGUUCCCCCUGAAAGACUGACGGACCGGACCCACGAUAGAACGGGAAAAAGGGUACUCAUCGACAAAUAAACACUUAAUGCCUUCGCUCCUUCUGUAAAUACUCCCACAAAUCCCAGUUUGUUUUAUAAAGAAGAUUUUUAUGGUGAAGCCCAAAGACGAAGGUUUGAGUCCCGGCAGGGCGGGACAGACGGGCCUCCAGGCUGCGACGGAGGAGUCCUCUCCCCACGUUUCCUCGGAGUCGAACCAGCACCCUUUUAACCCCCGGCUUGCUUUGAACCCCCCGUAAUCCUGCUGGAUUCUAGAUUAAGCCUUAAUGAGCGCAGCUGCCCGUGACGGUUCCAGAAACACGAGGAGCAGAUUUGAUUCCAUAUCCAGGUCAGUGUUCCGGUCGACUCGUCUGUUUACGGCGCCGCUGCAGCCUGUACAGUCGCUCUUGUUCUGGUGGGCUUAUCGUACAUGUAGACGGUGUUUAACAAACUGUAACGUCAGACUCUAGCACUCAACUUUCUAUUUAUUUGUAUUUAUUUUGGUGUUUGCACUUUCCUUCAAAAGACCGUCAGGUCUGGUUAACUUGGCACUAACGGAAACGCUGCGUCCAGAACGACAGACUCGAAGAACGCCGCAGCCGCUGAAUGUGGAGCAGAGACGCGUGUAAAUACUUCCUGUUCGCUGUGGCGCCGAGCCACACGUUCUCCAGCACUCCUCUUUUUUAUUUCUGAUUCCUCUUUUUGUCUUUGUUGUUCACUGAAGUGUUUGUUCCUCAAAGGAAAACCUUUAAUCCACAACAGUGUUUAAUAAAAGAAUCUGGCCUGUA